AUGGCUUCAUCUUCUGCUUCUACAUCUUAUUCCACGGACCCUGCUCUUUACUUAUAUACGUCGUUGACUUCUGGCUCAUCGCAUAUUGUUACUGCUACAUCCAGAUUAGAGACCAUUUUAAAAGCAAACAGAAUCCCUUUCAAGGCGGUUGACAUUGCGACAGAUGAAAAGGCACGAAUGUUAUGGGGUCGCAGAGCUGGUAAAGAUGAAUCAGGGCGUGCCAGAAAAAUUCCUGGCCUGGUCCAAAUGGGACUCGUUCUUGGUGAUCUCGUCGAGGUUGAGGACUGGAACGAGUACGGCGAAUUAAAGCAACAUAUAAAGAUUGUGCCUGUAUCAGGUCCGGGUGCGAAUCCAGCAAUCCAAGCAAAGGCCCCGACAAAUACUCAAGAGAACAACAAGCCGGCGGUUGCUCCUGCUGCUCCUCCUGCUUCGGCGUCCAAAUCUGUCGGAUCUAAACCUCCUUCUGGGACUGCCGAGGCGACUAUCACACUAGCCAUGCGACAAGCAACCCAAGAAGCGGCACAGAAGGCAAAGGACUUGAGCAGGAAGGCCACAGAAGUAUUGAUUAGUACUACCAAAACCGAACCCAUGAAAGCACCCGAGCCUGUUGUGCCAACUGCAUCCACCCCUACGGAGAGGCAAACCUUCGCGGCAAUCACUAUACUACAGAAUUCCGACAACUCAACCUGGAGCGCUGCGCCCUUUUCCGAGUCGACAAUCUCCUAG